CUAUCUGGACACCAUCGAGCAGGCGGUUUCCGAAGGACAGACGCUGCUGAUCGAGGACGUCGGGGAGACGGUGGAGCCGGUGCUGGACCACCUGCUGGGCAGGAACACCACCAAGAAGGGCAGAUACAUUAGGAUAGGAGAUAAAGAAGUGGAAUAUCACCCGCGCUUCCGCCUGAUUCUGCACACCAAAUAUUCCAACCCUCACUACAAGCCAGAGGUGCAGGCUCAGUGCACCCUGAUCAACUUCUUGGUGACCCGGGAGGGACUGGAGGACCAGCUCCUGGCUGCUGUGGUGGCCAAAGAGCGGCCGGACCUGGAGACCCUGAAGGCAAACCUCACAAAGAGCCAGAAUGAGUUCAAGAUCAAGCUGAAGGAGCUGGAGGACUCCCUGCUCGCCCGGCUGUCUGCUGCCGGCGGGGAGUUCCUGGGGGACACGGCGCUGGUGGAGAACCUGGAAACAACGAAGCGCACAGCCAUGGAAAUUGAGGAAAAAGUGAAAGAAGCUAAAGUCACCGAAGUCCAAAUAAACGUCGCUAGAGAAAACUACAGGCCAGCGGCAGAGCGAGCAUCCCUGCUGUACUUCAUCCUGAGUGACCUCAACAAGAUCAACCCUAUCUACCAGUUCUCUCUCAAGGCAUUCAAUGGGGUCUUCGAGAAAGCCAUUCAGCGCACGGCCCCCGACGACGACAUCAAGCAAAGGGUGAUCAACCUGACGGAUGAGAUCACCUACUCAGUCUAUAUGUACACUGCACGGGGACUCUUUGAGAGAGACAAACUCAUUUUCCUGGCCCAGGUUGCCUUCCAGGUCCUGGCAAUCAAGAAAGAAGUGAACCCGGUGGAGCUGGACUUUCUUCUGCGCUUCCCUUCCAAGGCCGGCGUCACGUCCCCUGUGGACUUCCUGCAGCCCCAGGGCUGGGGUGGCAUCAAGGUGCUCUCGGAAAUGGAGGAGUUCAAGAACUUGGACAGCGACAUCGAGGGCUCGGCAAAGCGAUGGAAAAAGUUUGUGGAGUCCGAGGUGCCGGAGAAGGAGGUGUUCCCCAAGGAGUGGAAGAACAAGUCAGCCCUGCAGAAGCUGUGCAUGCUGCGGUGCAUGCGGCCAGACAGGAUGACCUACGCCAUCAGGAACUUUGUGGAAGAGAAGAUGGGGAGCAAGUUUGUGGAAGGAAGGACCGUUGAGCUCUUCAAGGCGUACAAGGAGAGCAGCCCCUCCACGCCCCUGUUCUUCAUUCUCUCCCCUGGCGUCGACCCACUGAAAGACGUGGAGGCCCUGGGCAGAAAGCUCAACUUCACCAUUGACAAUGGGAGAAUCCACAACGUGUCGCUGGGGCAGGGCCAAGAGGCCGUGGCAGAACGAGCCCUGGAGAUGGCGGCUGCGCAGGGGCACUGGGUCAUCCUGCAGAACAUCCACUUGGUGGCCCGGUGGCUGGGCACGCUGGAGAAGAUGGUGGAGCAGUACAGCCUGGGCAGCCAUGCUGACUACCGGGUGUUCAUGAGCGCCGAGCCAGCCCCCAGCUCCGAGGCACACAUCAUCCCACAGGGACUGCUGGAAAACGCCAUCAAAAUGACCAACGAGCCACCGACGGGCAUGUAUGCCAACCUGCACAAAGCUCUCGACCUCUUCACCCAGGACACGUUAGAGAUGUGCAGCAAAGAAAUCGAGUUCAAAUGCAUCUUGUUUGCACUCUGUUACUUCCACGCGGUGGUGGCCGAGCGGCGCAAGUUUGGUGCUCAGGGCUGGAACAGAUCUUACCCCUUUAACAAUGGUGACCUGACCAUAUCGAUUAACGUCCUGUACAACUACUUGGAGGCUAACCCCAAGGUACCAUGGGAUGAUCUCCGGUACCUCUUUGGUGAAAUCAUGUACGGGGGGCAUAUCACAGACGACUGGGACCGCCGGCUGUGUCGGACUUACCUGAGCGAAUACAUCCGUGCGGAGAUGCUGGAAAGGGAAGUGUACUUAGCUCCAGGGUUUUUGAUCCCUCCCAGCUUGGAUUACAAGGGUUACCACGAGUACAUCGAUGACAACCUGCCACCGGAGAGCCCCUAUUUGUACGGCCUUCACCCCAAUGCAGAAAUUGGCUUCCUGACUGUCACUUCAGACAGGCUUUUUCGGACAGUUUUGGAAAUGCAGCCCAAAGAAUCAGACACUGGAGGAGGCUCAGGUGUCUCCCGAGAGGAAAAGGUGAAGUCAGUCCUAGAUGAGAUUAUUGAGAAGCUGCCGGAGCCAUUCAAUAUGGUGGAGAUCACGGCGAAAGCGGUGGACAGGACCCCGUAUGUUGUAGUUGCCUUCCAGGAAUGUGAAAGAAUGAACAUCUUGACCCAUGAAAUCAGGCGCUCUUUGAAAGAGUUAGACUUGGGACUAAAGGGAGAGCUAACGAUUACAUCAGAUAUGGAAGAGCUGGCAAACGCUCUCUUCUACGACAACGUUCCUGAAUCCUGGACACGUUAUGCCUAUCCCUCUCUUCUUAGCCUAGGAGCCUGGUAUGCAGACCUGCUCCUUCGGAUUAGGGAACUGGAAGUCUGGACAACGGACUUUGUGCUGCCUGCAACAGUGUGGCUGGCAGGAUUCUUCAAUCCCCAGUCCUUCCUCACUGCUAUCAUGCAAUCCAUGGCCAGAAAAAAUGAAUGGCCACUGGACAAGAUGUGUCUUUCAGUGGAAGUGACCAAGAAAAACCGUGAGGAUAUAACAGCUCCACCCAGAGAAGGCUCCUAUGUGCAUGGAUUAUUCAUGGAAGGCGCUCGAUGGGACAUCCCUUCUGGUGUGAUCGCAGAUGCUCGACUGAAGGAGUUGACGCCCAUGAUGCCAGUCAUCUUCAUCAGAGCCAUCCCUGUGGACCGCAUGGACACCAAGAACGUCUAUGAAUGUCCUGUCUAUAAGACACGGAUGCGAGGUCCCACCUAUGUCUGGACCUUUAACCUAAAGACAAAAGAAAAAGCCGCUAAGUGGAUCCUUGCCGCUGUUGCUCUGCUCUUACAGAGCUAAACUUUGAUGACUAUGGAAAACAGCAAAUGCUUUUACUUGCAAAA